CCUUUUUUUUCUUUCAGCCUCUUUCCUUAUUUACUCCAACCUAUCUCUACAGAAAUAUUUUCUUGCGAUGUAGAGAACUGGCAUCGCCGAUGAACAACGACCCCUAAAGCGGGUCUCAUCUUCCUGACCACGACCACCGUAUGAUCUGAAACACUGAUCCCAGCUUACAAAUCCACAAAAUCUUCUUGGACACGACAUCGAUCCGGCGUGUAGUUGUGUGACAGGCAGCCAAACAAGUUUAUUGAUAAACGACUGACUGUGCGUGACGUCACACACGGCGCCACUACCACGACGACUACCACGGGCAGAUCGCUGGUGAUGGUGUAUUUACAGUGGCGUGGGGGAGGCUGGACCGCCAAGUGCCUCAUUCUAUUUCUGGUUCUGUAAUACCGAUAGCACCGGACGGAUGUCAGGCCGCUUGUUGUUGCUGCACGGAGGAUCGCAGGAGGAAAGCAGGAAGGAGUUAAUGCGUGUGGAAAUAGACAACAGACCUUCGUCUCCGGAGCUGCGCAGCUGACACUUGGGUCUCAGUGGACAAAGUUUGUUUUCAAAGGACAUCUCGUGAUCGUCACCAGUCAGUCAUCAUGGCUCUGUCUCCUGGCGACAGAGUUGUUGUCAUUGCGGUAGACAACAGCGAGUAUUCGGAACUAGCCUUUGAAUUUUACAGAACACACUGUCAUCGCCUGAGAACCGUGUGGUGGUUGUAAAUACACCAGAGUUUAUCAUGAGUCCCAGCGAGUCGCCCCAGAAGAUCGAGGAGGCAAUCAUGGAGGCCAACGCGAAGACAGAAAUAAUCAAAAACAAGUUUGUCCAGAGGAUGAGCGAAUAUGGGAUGACUGGUGAGUUCGUGGCGCUGGACGACAAGGACCCGGGUCACGGUGUGGUGCGUUAUGCAGGGGCUGUGGGGGCCUCCUACGUCGUCACCGGGUCCCGAGGCCUGGGGACCUUCCGGAGGACCUUCCUGGGUUCUAUCUCCGACUACAUUCUGCACCAUUCCCCUGUACCCGUUCUGGUGUGCCGCAACAAACCUGAACACAAAGAGAAAGAAGAGUCAAAGGGAAACAAGUACUCUCUGUUUGGAUAAGGCCUCGCGAUUGUCGGCCUUGCCUUAUAGGCUACAUCUGACGCACUCAGACUCAUUUUAAUAAAGGUUAUUUAAUGAUUGACUGUCCUAAGUGAGAAAUGGAAAUCAAGGACGGCUCGUGCAAGUGAAAAUAUUAUGGUCAUAUCAGGAUGCCAGCAAGAAAUAAUCUGAGAGUGUCUGUCCGCUGCCUUGUAGUUAUAAGUACAGAGCUACACUUUAUUUGAUUUAGUACAUAAUGUUGUUUUGAAUGCCUUUCUCGAAAACGGGUGGAAAUGAGGCCUUUACACCCAGAUACACUGUGUAUCAAUCUAAAAAAAUUAAUUUUGCAGAAAGGAGAGAUGUCAAGAUCCUGAACUUAAACUCUUUUUAUUGAAAAUCUAUUUAAUUCCAUAGCAAAAAAAUUUGAAAAAGUAUUUAUUUUAUUUUUAUCUUCUAACACAUCCAUUACUCCAAAGCACAUGCUUUAAGCUUAUUUCUAUUUAAAAUUUUUGUUGUUGAUAAAUCAGGUUUUUUUUUAUUAUUUUAAAAGAAAAUUCGCUAAAGGCCUACAAUUCUCAUUGUAUAAAUAUACACAGCUCUACUAUGAUGUGAAUUUUACAUUGUUCUGACAUUAAAUCAAUUUGAUUUCUCGAUA